GAUUAUUCUAGUACACACAAGUACACAUACACAUACACUAAGUUAAUACAAUGAUACGCAUUUAUGCAGAUACUUAUGUACCGAAAUACCGCAGUGGCAAAUGGUCAUGGGACACUAAGAAAGAUGGUCUCCACUUUGAGCCACACAAUGAUCUAGAAGAUGCCAAGGAGCGUUAUAUUGAAACCAAUGGAUACAAGUUUUUGCGAACCAUCAAUCAGGAGGAGGAGAUGAUCUUCCGUCAGCAGUAUGUUCGCUCCGAAGCCACAUUCGAUACGGACACCGUGGUGAUCAACGAUGUGCGUGAUCUGGUUUUAUUUCUAAUGCCCAAGGAGUUUUUGACCAUGAAGUUUCUUGAGUUUAUACAUAAGCCAGCGGUGCAUAGAUUAAUUCAUGCUCUUAUUAUCUAUUUUGAAUACUUUCUCCGCCUGGUGGAAUUUGUACUUGUGCGACGAGAUGAAUUGGCUGGAGAUAUGGCUCAAAUACAGAGCGAACAAACGAACGAAAUGAAGCGUAUUUUCUCUAUCUAUUUGAGUCAAUAUCGCAUGUUGGUGGCCAGAAACUACAGUGUUAUCCUCAAGGGUCAAGGCGACAUGGCACAAUUUUAUCAUAUGAAGGAAAUUGUGCACAUUUCCGCAACCAUUAAGGAUAAAUACUUUCACGAACAGUUUCUUGCCGUCACGAUUCAGAUCGUCUGGAUCGCGAUGCACAGACGGGCCUACAAUGUGAUCGAGAUGGAGAUGAAUCGACUUUUUCGUUCCGAGCACUUUGUAACAGAUCGACCAGAGUAUCUAAAGUUUACUCCAGCAGAGAAAAGUUUACUUUAUGGCCGCAAUAAUAAGAUUGUUAAUUAUCGCACUCAAGUCUCGCCUUUGAUACAGGAGCUCGAGCACAUCGCUGACGAGGAUCUGCCAAUUCUUUGGAUAGGUGAGCGCAAAUAUCGUGGCACAGAUACCCGAAUUGUUCAGAUUGAACUAGAAUACAUUGUGCCGGGUCCGCAGCUGUUUAUGAUCGAUGUGGCCCAUGGUAUUUUGGGACAUCCAAAGAUAUUGUACGACACUAUGUUGAAUCUAGACUGGCCAGCAGUUCGAUUUGCCAACUAUUCGGUUGAGCACGAUCCCUAUCAUAUAGUGCGACAACCGCAUCUGCAAAUACCCAAUAUUGACGAAGUGAAGUUACGUCGCAUGUCUAAGAAUUACGAUCAAUUCUUCAAAGUGUAUCGCAUCUAUGAGCCGUCUAGUCGUCAUAUGCUAAACAAGUGGAGUCAGCGUGAAAAGGUCAUCAACUUUUAUCGUAGUGGUGGCGUUUUGGAUGAUAUUUACGUGCGUUGCAGGAAAGAUAUAAUGAAGCGCACUUAUGGUCCUACUGUCAUGAAUAUUAUUGCCAAAUACUUUAAGCUCGUUUCUAGACUCCGUAAAAAGGCACACGUUAUGAAAGAAGAUGAUACUAUCUCGGCCAGAAGUAUCCCAAUUAGCAUAGCGAGUGGAACAAUGCGCAAAAAGCCACUGAAACAAAUAGCCAGUGAACAUUAUUUCGAAGAGUAGAGAAUCAGUAUCAAUAAAACUUACAUGUUUAUGAACAUUAA